AUGACCACAGCAGAGGUUCCGUCGAAGCACAAGGCUCUUGUUUACGAUGAGCCCGGCAAGAUCUCGACCAAGAUUGAGGAAAUCGACACCCCCAAGCCAGGCGUUGGCGAGGUGCUUGUCCGUCUCACUCACUCUGGAGUCUGCCACUCAGAUAUGGGCGUCAUGACAAACUCCUGGGCGUGGCUACCAGCACCCACCGCGAAGGGCCAGGUUGGUGGCCACGAGGGCGUUGGCGAUAUCGUUGCCUUCGGACCCGGUACCGAGAGCUCGAGCCUGAAGAAAGGCGACCGUGUGGGCAUCAAGUGGCUUGCAUCCGCCUGCACCAACUGCCCGGCCUGCCGCGCCGGAGCAGAUGCCAGCUGCGCAUCAGGCAAGAUCUCGGGAUACUACACCCCAGGGACUUUCCAGCAGUACGCGCUUGCGCCGGCUCAUUAUGUUACUCCAAUUCCCGAUGGGCUUGCCAGCGACGUUGCCGCGCCGAUGCUGUGUGGCGGUGUUACGGUAUACUCCGCCCUUAAAAAGUCAGGUGCCCAGCCCGGCGAUUGGGUUGUCAUCCCUGGCGGUGGUGGCGGCCUGGGGCAUCUUGCUCUGCAGAUCGGUGCCCGCGGUAUGGGAUUCCGCAUGAUCGGUAUCGAUUCAGGCGAUAAAGAAAAGCUGGCAAAGGAAUCCGGAGCAGAGGUCUUCUUCGAUGUCACCAAGUAUAGCCGCGAUGCAGAGGGUAACAAGAAACUCGCCGAAGAUGUCAAAGCUGCCACUGGCGGGCUUGGUGCUGCAUCCGUGGUAGUCUGCACCGCCAGCAAUGCGGCAUACGGACAGGCACUGUCCUUCCUCAAAUUCCGCGGCAGUCUUGUCUGUGUCGGUGUACCCGAAGGAGACGCAGUGCCCAUCGGAGGCGCCGAUCCUGCGACCAUGUUGGUCCACCAGCUCAGGAUCAUUGGCAGCGCCGUUGGCAACAGGCAGGAAGCUAUUGAGACAUUGGAGAUGGCUGCUCGAGGUGUGGUCAAGACUCACUUCACGACCGAGAAGAUGGAGAAUCUGAAUGAUGUGUUCCAGCGCAUGGACAAGGGUCAGCUACAGGGCAGAGUCGUCCUCGAUUUGUUUGCGUAG